AUGUUGAAAGAUGAAUCUACAGAUUCUUUAAAAAAGAUGGCCAUCACUACGGAUCUAUGUGAUUGUGAGCCUUCUCUUCUCAGCUCAGAAAGUGCAGACACCAUUCUGAUUCCAUUCCAAUCUGACCUGUUAGACUCGACAGUCCCCGUCAAAUCCACUGGCAAACCUAAACUGCAUGUAGAUGCUCAAUUCCAGCUAUCUAGAGUCCAUACUAUUGCAGACCGCUUGCAAAAAUGUAUUUUAUAUAUUGAGCAGGAUUCUUCCAUGUCAGGAUAUGCAUUAGAUCCAGCAUGGUCAAUUGCAUUGGAGUCUCUAGAGCCUUUGGUGCAGCAACUCUACGAAGAACCGUAUCAACAACGACAGCUCAUUUUAAAGCAACUGUCCGAACUUCAAAUUUGUAGCGAGCGACAGAGUAAAGUUCAGGUGAUGAAAACUCGGUAUUUCCAGAUUUGCAGUAAACUACCGGACUGGACAUGCGCAUUUCCUGAAAUUGAAAUGUUGCGUAACUCGGAUUUGAAUAUCUGUGCAGAAGCACUCUCAUUGAUUGUGAACAAGGCGGAAAUGCGCUUGACUGCUAUUCAUAACAUUCUCCACACCAUCACUCCAAUUGCUACUAAAAUACCCGUGUUGCAUAUACCCAUCCAUAUUCAGCACCAACUAGACGAACUAUCUUGUAUUCAGACAUCUAGCGCGCUUGAAAACGAACCCAAUCUACCCAUACUAUUUCCAGAACUGGAAAAAAAUCUUGAAAACGCUUUACAUGAGCUACUUGAUCUAAAGUGUAUGCUUGAUACAAAACUAUCCAUUUUGAUAACUGAGAUUGAAACACUAUGGAAAGAUUUGGAAACUAGUGACGAUCAAAGAAUCUCUCUUGAAAACGAUUUACACAAAAUAGACAAAUAUGAAGAUUUAUGCGAAUCGUUACGAAAACUGUGGAAACAAAAAAUGGAAAAGCAUGUUGACGAGUUACUGGUUAUUAUCAAAGAUUUGUGGCUGAAAUGCUUUGUUUCUGAACAACAUUGUACAACAUUUUUAAAUAAUAUCAAUCAAGAUUUAUACUCACCAAGCACCAUCGAGAUCCUUAGAGCAGAGAUUGCUAUGCUAAACCAACGCUACGCAGUGUAUCAAGAGAUAUAUGAAAAAAUCAAUGAUCGCAAUGCGCUCAUCAAUAAAAUGAAAGAAUUUGAAACAUCAGCAUCUGAUCCUCGAAGGUUGUUUAGACCGUCCUUUCAACUUGUCGAGGAAGAACGAUUUAGAAAAACAUGCUAUCCCACUUUGCUACGAAUUGAGUCAAAGCUUAGAGCCUCUAUUGUUUCAGCUGAACACGAUCAUGGAGAGCCUUUUAUACUCGACAAUUCGCGAUAUUUAAAUGUUUUGGAGGCUGAGAUUGCAGAUCGAUUUGUCAACGAAAAUAUCUUUGUUCUGGAUAGACUUGGUCACAGAAAAACACCAUCUGCAUCGUCACUUUUACGACAAGAUCAGGCUACAUAUCAUCACUAUCCAGCAACUUUGGCACGAUCAGGCGCUAUCCAAACAACAUUGAAAUCAAACAAGCUUGAUCAUUCUCAAUCAAUGACACCAACACCACACUCUACUCAUGGUCAAUGCGCCAAUUCAAAUACUGUAUAUACCACCAUGCGUCAUCGAUCUGGUUCGACUACACCUUUACGAAAAACUCAAUUGGUUAGAUCACCUUCGACACCAAGUUUGAAUGCUGCACGACGUGCUUCGGAAUAUAGAUCGUUAGGUGAGAGUGCGUCACCUAUUGGUAGUGAGGUAGUCACCACUAGUCCUAGUGCAAGAGGGCUUUCAAUGCUUCCACGUAGUCGUCGUCAAUCACACUUGAUGGUGAUAGAUGGCUCGGAUGAAUAA